AUGUUCGCCUCGCUGAGCCGCACCGCCAUCCCGCGCACCAGCACCCGCUGCUUCUCGGCCUCGGCCCGCUCGUCCGCCGAGGUCAACGCCGCCGUCUUCCUCGAGGACAAGGCCGGCGAGCUCGUUCCCGCCGCCGCAAACGCCGUGACGGCCGCCAAGAAGCUCGGCGGCAAGGUGACGGGCAUCCUCAUCGGCAAGGACGAGGCCAGCCUCGAAAAGGCCAUCGCCAUGAGCCGCAAGCUCGGCCUCGACAACCUCCUCGUCCGCCACGCUGCCGCCCUCGAGCACGCCCUCGCCGAGCCCACCGCCCCUGUUCUCGCCGAGCUCAUCAAGAAGAACGGCUUCACCCACCUCGCUGGACCGCACUCGGCCCUCGGCAAGAACAUCUUCCCUCGCGUCGCAGGUCUCCUCGAUGUUCAGCAGAUCUCGGACGUCAUGUCGAUCCAGGACGCCGACACGUUCACGCGCCCCGUCUACGCCGGUAACGCCAUCUCGACGGUCCGGUCCAAGGACGCCAUCAAGCUCUUCACGGCGCGCGCCUCGACGUGGGAGCCCGCACAGCCGACCGAGAGCGAGUGCAGCGUCGACGUCGCGGCGGCCGAGAACGUGGGACCUGGUGCGUCGACUCUCGCCGCCUGGAUCUCGGAGGAGCUCGUCAAGUCGGAGCGUCCCGACCUGUCGUCGGCGCCGACCGUCGUCUCGGGCGGGCGCGGCGUAAAGUCCAAGGAGUCGUUCGACUCGACCAUCAUCCCGCUCGCCGACGUCCUCGGCGCCGCCAUCGGCGCCAGUCGUGCCGCCGUCGACAGCGGCUACGCCGACAACUCGCUCCAGGUCGGCCAGACGGGCAAGGUCAUCGCACCGGCUCUGUACAUCGCCGUCGGCAUCUCGGGCGCGAUCCAGCACCUCGCUGGCAUGAAGGACUCGAAGACGAUCGUCGCCAUCAACAAGGAUGCCGACGCGCCCAUCUUCCAGGUCGCAGACGUCGGCCUUGUUGCCGACCUGUUUGAGGCCGUCCCCGAGCUCGUCAAGAAGAUCGAGGCGGCCAAGAAGUAGAGCAACACGCUCCCUGUCCUUCUCCCGUCCCGAGCAGUUGUACCCCGCCGCACCUCGUCCUCUUUUCCCUCGCCCGCCGUCCUCCUCUGUCAUGAUAGCCCGAAUCGCUGUGCCCC